CAUUACAGUGACAAUUACAAACAUGUUAAAUAAAUUUGCUAAAAAUUAAACAUUUAUGUUCACAGAAUGUCCUGAGGACAAACAGUUACAAUCAAUGGCAGACAGAGAAGAAUGUCCUGAAGACAAACAGUUACAAUCAAUGGCAGACAGAGAAGAGGAAACUGCUUCAAAAGGUACUCCAGAAGAAAAGCCUCCUGAGGAAGAAAAUACUUUUGUUUUAGAUAAUAAUGCUUCAGAAGAAAUUACAAACGAAAAUACCGACCUUAAGCAAGGCAGAAAAGCUGGGUCAAUUAUCAGUCAAGUCAAUGAAGUCUUUGAUGCAGUAAAACGAAGGUUUAAAAAAUCCAAAAUUUCUGGAGAAUGUCCUGGAGAAAAAGAGUUUCAAUCAAUGGCAGACAGAGAAGGUAUUUUUAUUAAGUAA